CUGACCGAACAGAUCGGUUCGUCAGUGGCAUAAGCAGCCGAAAAUAAGCCGAAAAAGAGGAUAAUAUUGGAUCACAUUUGCCACAGCGGCCCACUUUCACUGUAAAACCUUCCAAAAGAAGGAAAUGUCCCAGUAGGACUGCUUUAGAGACACAUCAGCAUAAUGUCGGGGAACAACCUGGUUCUACCCAUAGUGCUAUGGGGCCGCACGGCUCCCACCCACUGCAUCAGCAGCCUACUGGUGAUGGACGACUUCAGCACCAUCAUCACCGGCUGCCAUGACGGACAGAUCUGCCUGUGGGACAUGACGCCUGAGCUGGAGAUUUGUCCCAGGGCCAUGUUAUUUGGUCACACAGCCUCCAUCACCUGUCUGUCUAAAGCCAGUGCAUGCAGUGACAAGCAGUACAUCGUCAGUGCAUCAGAAAGCGGGGAGAUGUGUUUAUGGGAUGUGAAUGACGGACGCUGUAUUGAGUUCACCAAGCUGGCCUGUGCUCACACUGGCAUUAAUUUCUAUCAGUUCACCAUUGGCACUGAGCGGGAGGGACGUCUGCUCUGUAACGGCCAUUACCCAGAAAUCCUUGUGGUGGACGCCACCAGCCUGGAGGUCCUGUACUCGCUGGUGUCUAAGAUCUCCCCUGACUGGAUCAGCUCUAUGAGCAUCAUCCGCUCCCACAGAACUCAAGAGGACACCGUGGUGGCCGUGUCAGUGACGGGGAUUUUGAAAGUCUGGAUCAUCACAGCUGAGGUCAGCAGGAUGCAGGACCUGGACCCUGUGUUUGAAGAAGAGUCCAAACCCAUCUACUGUCAGGGCUGUCAGAGUGUUUCCUUCUGCACCUUCACUCAGAGCAGCCUGCUCGUCGUCUGUUCAAAGUACUGGAGGGUGUUUGAUGCAGGCGACUACUCGUUGCUCUGCUCGGUGCCCAGCGAGAACGACCAGGCCUGGACCGGAGGAGAGUUCAUCUCUGCUGACAGAGUCAUCAUCUGGACCGAAGACGGCUGCAGUUACAUCUACAAACUACCAGCCAGCUGUUCGCCUGCUAGUGAACAUUUCCGCAGCGAUGUUGGGAAAACCAAAGAAGGCUCAAUCCCUCCACUGAUCUACAGCAUCUCCGGCUUCUCAGACAAACAGCUCCUGAUCUGUCCUCCUGUGACUCGGUUCUUCUUCGGCCGGCGGGAGCCUUUCCAUAAGCUGCUGAUCCAGGGUGACUCAGCAGGGAGACUGUCCAUGUGGAGCAUCCCAGACGCCUCGCCUCCACAGCGGCAGUCCAUAACUGCAGAGCUGCAGGUAUCAUCCACCGUCAGUCUCCAGGAGGCGUUUGAUAAGUUGACCCCCGUGUCUGCAGGAAUCAUCGACCAGCUCAGCGUCCUGCCUGGGAAAGAAGAACCCAUCAAGGUGACGGCCAGCGUGUACAUCCCCUCUCAGGGUCGCCUGGUGUGCGGGAGAGAAGACGGCAGCAUCAUCCUGGUCCCUGCUACUCAGACCGCCAUCGUCCAGCUGCUGCAGGGCGAGCACAUGCUCAGGAGAGGCUGGCCGCCACAUCGCACCCUGCGCGGCCACAGGAACAAGGUGACGUGUGUCCUGUACCCGUACCAGAUCUCGCCACGCUACGACCAGCGCUCGCUGGUGUCCGGUGGUGUGGACUUCUCCGUCAUCGUCUGGGACAUUUUCACUGGAGAGAUGAAGCACAUUUUCUGUGUGCAUGGAGGCGAGAUCACCCAGCUCAUCGUCCCACCGGAAAACUGCAGCACCCGGGUGCAGCAUUGCGUCUGCUCGGUGGCCAGCGACCACUCCGUCGGCCUGCUCAGUCUCAGGGAGAGGAAGUGCAUCAUGCUGGCGUCCCGACACCUCUUCCCCAUCCAUGUCAUCAAGUGGCGUCCUGCAGACGACUACCUGGUGGUAGGAUGCUCCGAUGGCUCCGUCUACGUCUGGCAGAUGGAUACAGGAGCCUUGGACCGCUGUGUGAUGGGUAUAACUGCUGUAGAGAUCCUGAACGCCUGUGACGAGCUCGCUCCAGCCACCGUGGACGCUCUGAGCCACUCGGCUGUGAACCUGAAGCAGGCGAUGACUCGACGCAGCCUGGCAGCGCUGAAGAACAUGGCCCAACACAAACUGCAGACGCUUGCCACCAACCUGCUGGCUGCAGAGAACGCUGACAAGGGAAACCAGUCGAAAUAUUCCCAUAAUGCCCUGGUUGUUCAGGCGAUGAAGACCAACCUGACCGACCCUGACAUGCACGUGCUGUUCUUCGAUGUGGAGGCGGUCAUCAUCCAGCUGCUGACAGAAGAAGCCCAGAGACCGAACCCCAUGCUGGUGUCUCCUGAGACGCUGCAGAAGAGUCAGGCUGGGGCCGACAAAGGGGGGUCCUUCCUGGCCAAUAAGAUCUUCAAACAGGUGAAAGAGACGAUGAAGGAGACCAUCAAGGAGCACCUUUUGGACGAAGACGAAGAAGAGGAGGAGGAGAUGAGGAGGCGUGAGGAGAAGUCCAAGUCUCUGAGUCUGCUGGAGUACAACCUAACGAUGGACACGGCGAAGCUGUUCAUGUCCUGUCUGCACGCCUGGGGUCUGAACGAACAGCUGGACGGCAUCUGCCUGGAGCGACUGGGCAUGCUCAGACCGCACUGCCCCAUCUCGUUUGGUCUGAUCUCCCGAGGAGGACACAUGUCGCUUAUGCUGCCCACCUUUAAGGAGUCCUUGCUUCGGCAGCUGUCCCUGAUGACCGGUCUGAAGCUGGCUCUGUCGGACAUCGUGGGGAAGGGGACAUACGGCGUGUCAAGGGCCGUCACCACACAGCACCUCCUGUCUGUGAUUUCACUCGCCAACACUCUGAUGGGCAUGACCAACGCCACGUUUGUGGGAGAGCACAUGAAGAAGGCCCCAACCAGGCCUCCCAGACCAGGAGGAACCCCGGAGACUCCUCGCAGGGCACAGGCUGCCCCCCCUCAGCCCUCCAACCCGGCGCUACAGGCCCAGAUCAAACAAGCUGCCACAGCCAACACCAGCACUGUUACUUCUGCUACAACGGCUGGGGCUCUGGGGGCCCCUGGGGGCCGUCCUCAGGGGGCCCCUGGCUCCCCAAGCCCCGGCCCUGCUUCUUAUAACCUCCUCUCAGUCAAUGAAGGUUGGAGCCAGCUGGCAGCCAUGCACUGUGUGAUGCUUCCUGACCUUCUGGGCCUGGACAAGUUCAGACCUCCACUGCUGGAGAUGUUGGCGAGGAGAUGGCAGGACCGCUGUCUGGAGGUGCGAGAAGCGGCACAGGCUCUUCUAUUGGCUGAAUUAAGAAGGAUUGGCCAAUCAGGACGCAAGGACACCAUCGACUUGUGGGCUCCCUACUUACCUCAGUAUGUGGACACCGUCAGCUCUCCUGGGGCGACCACCGAGCCCUCCACUCCAGCCCCACCUCCUCCUGAGGCUCAGCCAAUAGAGACAACGGCUCCUGCUGAAGAGAUGGACGUCACGGAUGAUGACAUCACAGCGGGCUGUCUGUCCAACCUUCCACCAAACGCCAAGAAGAUCUCAAACUCGUACGAGGAGCGCCGUAAACAGGCAACCGCCAUCGUGCUCCUGGGGGUCAUCGGGGCUGAGUUCGGCGCUGAGAUUGAACCACCAAAGGGAUCUGUGCGGGCUCGAGCCGGGGGACAGGCUCCUGAGGGCUUUGGUCUAACGAGUGGAGGAUCGUCCAACUACUCACUGGCCAGACACACAUGUAAGGCUCUCACCUUCCUGCUGCUGCAGCCCCCCAGCCCCAAGCUGCCCUCCCACAGCACCAUCCGCCGCACCGCCAUCGAUCUGAUUGGCCGAGGCUUCACCGUCUGGGAGCCGUAUAUGGACGUAUCAGCUGUGCUCAUGGGACUGCUGGAGCUCUGCGCUGACGCCGAGAAGCAACUGGCCAAUAUUACAAUGGGUUUGCCCCUAAACCCCCCUGCGGAUUCGGCCCGCUCAGCUCGUCACGCCCUCUCUCUUAUUGCUACUGCCCGUCCUCCGGCCUUCAUCACCACCAUAGCAAGAGAGGUUCACAGGUACAACGCAGCACAGGCAAACUCUCAGUCGCAGCAGAACGUUCACACCACCACUCUGGCCAGAGCAAAGACUGAGAUCCUGCGAGUGAUUGACAUCCUGAUCGAGAAGAUGCCCGGAGACGUCGUGGAUCUGCUGGUCGAGGUCAUGGAUAUCAUCAUGUACUGUAUCGAAGGUUCUCUGGUGAAGAAGAAAGGACUGCAGGAGUGUUUCCCUGCUAUUUGCAAGUUCUACAUGGUUGGUUAUUGUGACCGCAGUCAUCGCAUAGCUGUUGGAGCUCGCCAGGGUUCAGUGGCUCUCUACGAUGUUCGUACUGGAAAGUGUCAGAACAUCCACGGUCAUAAGGGUCCCAUCACAGCCGUGUCGUUCGCUCCUGAUGGACGUUACCUGGCCACAUACUCCAACCUUGACAGCCACAUCUCCUUCUGGCAGAUGAACACCAGUCUGCUUGGCAGCAUCGGGAUGUUGAACUCGGCUCCUCAGCUCCGCUGCAUUAAGACCUACCAGGUUCCUCCGGUUCAGCCCGCCUCCCCAGGCUCACAGAACCACCUGAAGCUCGCCCGCCUCAUCUGGACCUCCAACCGCAACGUCAUCCUGAUGGCCCACGACGGCAAGGAGCACCGCUUCAUGGUCUGAAGCAGAUCUGUAUCUCCAGCUGAGUCCAGACCUGGACCAGUGUCAGAGGUUUUUACUCCAAAGUUUGUCUCAUUCUAGAAAUGUAACUUGAGAAAUCUGAAGGUAUCUACCUAAAGUUUGGCAAGAAACCCCAGUCCAGGUCCAGGUUUGUACUGGAUGAAUUUGUUUUAUCAUUCCUAGUUACCGUUGUAAGGAAACUCAUUGUGUGAUAUACUCAAAGCCGUGAUAGAAGGCUCGUUUACAUUGUGGUAUAAAUGUAUGUAUUUUUAGUUGUUAUCACCUUCUCCUCAUUCCUAUUUAUUUGCUUCGUGUAGCAGACUUCCUUUGCCGCCAUCUUGAAGCAGCCAUCUUGAGUCAUGGUGUUGAAAAUCCCAUUGAGUUUUUAAUUUAUUUCAGCAUCUUAUCAUGAAACACUUUUAACUUAUUAAAGGUUUUUAUGAAUGAUCUUUGCAGAAAAAUAUAUAUGAUGACAGCACUUCAAAGUUUAUGAACAUGUUUGGUUUUUAUUUUCUGCUCUUUGUUUCACAUCGUGUUGGAGUCCAAGAGUAAAAGAACUUAAAGAUCAGUUUCCCAUCCUGUUUGUGGAAGCAGGUGGAAGUGUAAAGACCCAUACUGAACCUUUGUUGGAGCACACAUUUUUUUUCACAUUUCAUUGCUCAUUCUCAUGUGACUGCCUUCCUCUAAGGGUCUCUGCUUUUAUUUUUCUGACACCUUGAGAGCUCUCUCCAUCCUCAGUGAGCCUCACACAGGAACCUGAGCAUCAUGUGUUUACACCCCAGUGUAUUUGCACAAACACACAUUCUCACUUCAUCCUAAAAGCAUGGCCAGUCGGCCCUUACACACUGGAGAUGCAGCAUCACUCAUUUAGGGUAUUUCCACAAUAACAUGAACUAGACCACUAGCCUAAUGGGCUGCUGCUCCUAACACAGUUAAGUGUUCCUUUAGUUCCUAUGACGUGGUUACUGUUUGGUGUAAAAAAAAAAAAGAUGUUUCCAAGUUGGGAAGUAUUUUUAAAAUGUCCUCUUUUUCACCUUACUGCAUGCUACUUUAACAAAACAUCAACCAUUUCCUUCGAGUUGCCAUGGAGACCCACUUUCAAUAAGAAACUUUACGGACUAAAUCACUUUCCAAUGUCACUCCACGACUCUUAACUCAAACUUGUCUCAAACUUGAACUAACAUUUGGUCAACAUCUUCGGGGGCAAAACGUGUCAUGUCACUCUCUUGCCUCCAGAUUUCCUUGAGUUCUGGUCCCUUUGAGUCUGUUGAAACUAAUCUGGAUGUUCAUGUGUUUAAUAGUUGGGGUAGUCUUCCUCCUUGGUUGUUCUGGUUUGAUUGUUUGCAGAUGAUAAAGCGUUAUAUAUCACUAAUAGAUGUGAAGGUUUUUGCUUUGACUUGAGGCAUUUCUCUUUCCGCAGUCUGCAUCGUUCUGACUUUCAGGAGGAUAGCUCUACAUAUAAAUGUGAACAUACUCAGUAAAUAUAUCAUCAGAGCUGCUUCUUGAUGUGGUCUGUUAAUCGUUAACAGUGGGCGCUGAUCUCUGGUGUGUUUGUUGUGGCUAACGUGAGUGCCUGCCUUGCAAUGACUAGUUCUUUACAAUAGAGGGUCUCCUCUCUUAGUGGAUUAAAAACUUUAUAUUUUCAUUUAAAUGUCAGAAUCAACCGUUUGGAGAAAUUAGAAGUGACGUUUUGCAUCUUCCUCCUUUUUUGCGUUUUAGCACAAUGCUAUACUGACCCAAGUUUUCAUAAACAUAA